AUGGAAAGAGUGACAAUUGACAUCGAUAGCGUUGACGCGCAGCCGGUACCGUUGAUCUCGCCAAUUGAAAAUUGUCUCUUCGCCGCGCCAUCGAUGAUCAACCCCAACUAUUGGAAACCGGCAUUUCAUACUUUGUCCAUGAACAACUCGCUCAUUGGUUCACCUAGCCUUCCGAAGAUGGAUCAGAGGUACCCGUUCCGAGCAGUAGGUACUCGAAUGACACGGAAAGUUGCUGAUGGCCUGUGGUACGACCGAAGGCUGCACUGCGCCGAAUUUGAUGGCUCACAUCUUUGUCGAGUGCUUUGUGGUCCGUCGGAUCCUCCGCAGUGGGCACUUGCCCCACCGAACUGUCGGAGCCAGUACCAUUGA